GUCAAAGUCCAAGCUGCCAGGAGGAAGAGGCGAUGUGUCUGCUCAGAGACAGAUUACAAUGUCAAUAUUCCUAUCAGUGUAUUGAGGCAGAUAGAAUGUCCCCUGAUGUGAUACUGCGGGUGAGUUCAGUGGGCGACACACGUGACCGGCAAGGCACUUCCACCAUACGGCGAUGUAUAGAAAAGUAGUUUCCUUCUCGCCAUCACUAAGAAAAUCAUUUGUAUUUGUAGCAGAGCGACCUCCCUUGACCUUCGAAUCCUUCUACGACCUCCGGCGUCCUUGGUCUUGUCAGCCUCUUUGCCGCUUGCGCCAACACACCGAUUCGAACAAAAACUGACGGCGCAUACAACGAUACUGUCAUGCUAAGGCAUGGCGCUGUCGGUCAUGGCCUCGAGCACUGUGCCAGACUGCGCAUCCCAAGAGCCCUGCCUUCAUCGUUGUCCAGAAGAGGAUAUGCGUCGGUAACAGACUUGGCCAAUUACCCAAAUCCCGGAGAGCGCAUUCACGGGUUCACAUUGAAACAAAUAAAACAUGUCCCGGAACUUCACCUCACGGCUCUGAAACUGGAGCAUGACAAGACAGGCGCUGAGUACCUACACGUGGCCCGAGAUGACAAAAACAAUGUCUUUGCUAUCAACUUCAAGACCAAUCCUACUGAUCGAACUGGGUUGCCUCACAUUCUGGAGCAUGUUACACUAUGUGGGAGCGAAAAGUAUCCCGUUCGGGAUCCAUUCUUCAAGAUGAUGCCGAGAUCACUGGCAAACUUUAUGAACGCAUUUACCUCUUCCGACUAUACGUCCUAUCCAUUUGCAACGACGAACUUGCAGGAUUUUCGCAAUCUAUCCUCAGUAUACCUUGAUGCGACGCUGCACCCUCUGCUUAAACAUUCAGAUUUCUUGCAGGAAGGAUGGCGCCUCGGACCAGAAAAUCCUCGAGAGACUCCGACUGAGGACAAUGUCAAGUUUAAAGGAGUUGUUUACAAUGAGAUGAAAGGACAAAUGUCGGACGCGAGCUAUCUUUUCUAUAUCAGAUUCCGAGAACAUCUCGUUCCUUCGUUAUACAACUCUGGAGGAGACCCGGAGGUAAUGACCGAACUUACACAUGAACAGCUGGUCAAGUUCUCACGCAAACACUACCAUCCUAGCAACGCAAAGAUUUUCUCUUAUGGAAGUCUUAGUCUCGCCGAACAUCUCCAGCAAGUGGAUGAAGCCAUCUCCAAAUUCGACCGAGGAUUUCGUGAUUCUGAUAUCAAGCUGCCGAUCGACCUAUCAGGCGGGCCUCUGGCUUCCGAAGUUACAGGCCCGGUGGACACGAUGCAGCCCCCCGAUCGACAGUUCAAAUCCUCCAUCACGUGGAUGGGUGCCCCGUCCUCGGACAUUGUGGAAACAUUUUGCAUCAGCAUUAUGCUCUCUUUACUGAUGAACGGUUACGGCUCGCCUUUAUACCAGGGAUUAAUCGAGUCGGGCUUGGGCACCAAUUUCAGUCCGAACUCUGGCUACGAUAGCUCUGGUCGGCUGGGAACCUUGUCCAUCGGUUUAGACGGCAUGAGAGCAGAGGAUAUCCCUGUGUUAAAGGAUCGAAUCCAAGCAACUCUACGAGAGAAGGCGCAUGAAGCAUUCCAGCCUCAGAAGAUCGAUGGGUACAUGCAUCAACUAGAGCUGACCUUGAAACAUAAAACGGCAAACUUUGGCAUGAGCUUAUUGGAAAAGUCGAUUGCCGGGUGGUUCAACGGCGUUGACCCUAUGGAUGGUCUUGCUUGGAAUGAGAUAAUUGAUGCUUUCAAGCAGCGUGUGGCCGACGACCAAUACCUUGAACGGCUGGUUGAGAAGUAUUUCCUGAAUGACAGGUGUAUGCAGUUCACUAUGAAGCCGUCGGAGUCGUAUGGACAGGAGUUGGAAGAAAGAGAGGAACAACGGAGAAAGAGCAAGUUAGAGGCGGUCAAAAAGAGCGCCAGCUCUCCCGAAGAAGCUCUUUCUCAACUUGGUCGGCAAGAACUCGAGUUGCUGGAGGAACAGGAGAGCUCUCAGUUCAAAAACCUGGAUGCAUUGCCCACUCUUCGCGUCGACGACAUUUCCCGAGAAAAGGAAAGAAAACCGCGGUAUCAUUCGAAGAUCGGCGGUGUGGACUGUUUGUGGCGAGAAACCGAAACCAACGGCAUCACCUAUUUCCAAGCGAAACACGUGCUUGAAAACCUCCCUGAAGACCUCCGGCUGCUGUUGCCCCUAUUCACUGAUUCCCUCAUGCGACUAGGGACGAAGACAAAGUCUGUGGGAGAUCUGGAAGCAGAGAUUCUUCUGAAGACUGGCGGCAUAUCCAUCUCUCCAUUCGCGGCACCUGAACCGUGGAGUCUCGACAAGUACAACGAAGGCCUCCUAGUUGAUGGUUAUGCUCUGGACAGAAACGUUCCCGCCAUGUUUGAGCUUAUUCGGUCUCUUCUGUUGGAAAUCGACUUCGCCAAUCCCAAGGCUACCGCAGCGAUCCAGGAGCUCCUUGAAUCCAAAACAUCGGGCGCACUGGAUUCUGUUGCCGAGAGCGGACAUCAUUUCGCGAUCACCAGUGCAUCGGCUGCCCUGACUCGCCGCGGCCAGGUACAGGAUCAAUUGUCCGGUCUUUCGCAGAUAGAAUCCACAGCCAGGUUGUUGGACGCUGCUCGUCGCGACCCGCAAAGUCUGCAGGAUGUGAUUCAGAAGCUCCAUGCCAUUCGGGAGAUAGCCAUCAGCAAUUCCUCGAGAUUAUCAAUGCGGGUGGUCUGCGAGCCCGGAUCGGUCGGGACAAACCGAAACACCAUUGAAGCGUUCCUUCACGGCUUGCCCAACCAUCAGCCGUGGGAUGUUGCAAGAUCGAGUAGUACUACUUCUGAGACUGUGCCUGGCUCGUUUCUAUCACGAAGGGCAUUUUUCGACCUCCCUUUCCAAGUGUCGUACACUGGAACCUGUUUACAAACGGCGCCGUUUUCAUCACCGGACAAAGCGCCCCUUCGCGUGCUGGGACAGCUUCUCGUCCACAAUUUCCUGCAUCCUGAAGUUCGAGAAAAGGGUGGCGCAUACGGCGCGUCAGCCAGCGCCAGCCCUGUCAGUGGUCUAUUCACAAUGUCCUCUUACCGCGACCCCAACCCACGGAAUUCUCUAAGCGUCUUCGAGCGCGCCGGCACGUAUGCUCGAGACAAGGACUGGAGCAGCAGAGAACUCGAAGAAAGCAAGCUGAGUAUCUUCCAAGGCAUCGAUGCCCCGAGAAGCGUCAACACCGAAGCAAGCAAAGAGUUCCUGUACGGCAUCACCGAGGACAUGGACCAAGAAAUGCGAGAGCGUCUAUUGGACGUCACCAAGGAACAGGUUCAACAGGUCGCUCAGAAAUACCUCGUCGAUCUCCCCACCGAGCUGAAAUCAGUGUGUGUGCUUGGAGAAAAGAAGGCUUGGAUCGAAAACGAUGACGAACCUGAGCCAUGGCAGAUCAAACACCUGAAGAUGUCUGCAGACGCGUGAGCUUUUUGCAUCACAAACAAACUCUUCAGGUGUGGUAAGCUUUUUCUGUCUUUUUGAUGAAAUGUAUAUUUAAUUUCCCCUCCUCGAAAAAAGAUACAGCAAGAUACCCAACCAGACUUGAAGUGUCUGGUCAUAAUAUUAUCACUCUCCUGCAGGCUUCUACUCCUUUCUCCUCUUUGCCUUUUUAUACUUCCGUAUCAGCGCGACUCGAACAGAACAAAACGACGUCUACGACCGCAAUCUGCUCCAUGGUCGGAGAUCACAAGUCACAUUUGGCAUUUUUAUGUGCCACCGCGCGAGAUCAAAAAGAACCCAGAUAGUCCCCAGUCCAUCUGCCGGCCGGCGCUCCAUCGGGCAGCAGACUCUGCCUUUUUCCACUUCAUGGAAGGGGUUGAUGUUUGCUGCGCGGAGGAACGCCUCUCGGUGGCGGACCGAGGCACUUUCUCGGGUUCAUGAGGACACGCCUAUUUCAGACCUGUCGUUCUUUGAGAGAAAGGAAUGAGCAGACUAGAGGUGUGUCCACAUACAGUACAGUUUGGCGGCGGCUGCUGCUAGUAGUACUACUCUUUUCUUUUUCCUCUACCCUCUCACGGCACUGCUAGUGCCUGUACUACUAUUUACUCUAUUACUACUAUUUUCAUCCCUCGUCGCGGCUGGGCCGUCAGAGAGUAGACUCUAUUCUUGUAUGAUAAUCACUAUUGAGGCAUAGAGCCACGGAUCUCAAUGUAAAUGUCGAUAUCGACAUCGAAGCUCGAGGUUCGAAAUUCUUUUGUAAAUAUUGCACCAUGCAUUGGACUGUGCUGGCACAUCUCGUGGUAAUCUACCUUAAGUCAUGCACCAUCAGAGUUAUAUUGUACUACAGUGUAGAAUAGAAGUACUAGUACGCAUAUAAGUUGUCAUAUAAUGGAUACAAUGUAAUGAAUCGA